GCAUAUAUGCAUUUUAUAGUUUAGGCUAUUAGAGAUUUAAACUUUUAUUUACGUACUAAAAUACGUCUUCAACGAUACCAGACCAGGCCAUGGAGUGAAAUUGCUAGAUCCAUGCUUCUUUUGUUUAUUCUUGUUCUUCUUCUGAAAGGGACAGUAAUUUUUCGAAGCACCAACAACAGUAAGGUAUUGUUGUAUUUACUAGCUUUGGAUUUACAGAACAUUGAAUGUGAAGCAAGAUCAUGAUACACAAUCUCUAAUUGGAGAACAAUCAAGUCGGCCGGGGCUUUACAGUCACCACUGUUUAAUUAUUGCAACUCCCUAUUUAUUAUGGUGGGUCUUUCUUUACUUUUUGCUUUCCAUUCACUUAUAAUAUGCUUAUUGCCUUCUCUUCUUUCCUUCCUCAACUUUUUGGUCACUGUAUUUGCAGGUACUUACUGUAAUUUCUCCUGUUUCUAGGGUUUUCUUCCCUUUCAACUCUCACAUCUCAUCACUAUAAUUAUCAAAUAGUACUCUUUUUUUUUAGCUCUAAUGGUGCAAUCUCAUUAAUCCUAGGAGAAUCAAGGGACAAAGCUGAAAAGUUUUGUCACUACCAAGAAGAUCAAGAGAUAAGUGUCCCAAAAGUGGCAAGAUGUCUAGUUCCAGCAGCUACUCCAACCCUCCAUGUGCUGCCUGCAAAUUCUUGAGAAGAAAAUGCUUGCCAAGUUGCAUUUUUGCACCCUAUUUUUCUCCGGAGGAACCAAUAAAGUUCACAACCGUACACAAAGUAUUCGGGGCCAGCAAUGUGAGUAAGCUUCUGAAUGAAAUCCAGCCUCAUCAGAGAGAAGAUGCUGUCAAUUCUCUCGUUUAUGAAGCCGAGGCGCGCUUAAAAGAUCCUGUUUAUGGCUGUGUUGGAGCAAUUUCAGUUCUUCAAAGGCAAGUUAUUCGCCUCCAGAAGGAACUCGAUUCCACGAAUGCUGAUUUACUGCGAUACACCAAUUAUGAACAAGUAAAUAAUAAUCAAAUUAUGGUGAAUCAAGAAAGGAGUAAUUUUCAAUAUGGGAGAAGAAUGGUUCCUAGUUAUUCUUCUUCUGAAUGGAACAGUGGUAUUUCAGGAGAUCAAAACAAUAUUGGAAUUGAUGGUGGUAGUGGCAGGUGAGGAAUUGAAGUGUAGAAUCACUAAGUUAACUGUAUUUGUUAAUUAACUUUGUUUUCCCAAUAAGGGGAAAGGAAUUAAACUUUAAUGCACAAAACACUAUACAUUUGGUGGAAUAAUUGUUGAAUGUUAAGUGUUGCCAGUUA